AAAAGUAUCAAUGACCUAAUAUUGGGUCGGUACUACGACUUGGUGGACAAGCGAGCCGAGGAAGAAAAGUACGAGAAGAAGAGACUAGAAGAAAUAGGACGGCAGGAUGCGUUGAUGGCUGCUCGGUUACUGAAGUCCGAGAUUAAUGGGCCAGUGAUGCGUGCCAGAACGGUGCUAGCGAAGCGGAAGAAGAAGCGUGAAGCUGGCACUCUUGCCAAAACUGGAUUCAACAAGGAAAUGGUGUUAUCUACUGAACUUCUGGAUAUCCUUGGGAUUUCGCGAACUUCACGACCACAAGUAGUGAAGCAGCUCUGGAUAUAUAUCAAGGACAACGAGCUCCAGAAUCCCGACGAUAAACGGCAGAUCAUGUGCGAUGAAAAACUCCAGAAGUUGUUCAAGAAGAGUAUGUGUAAUUUUUGUUUAGAGAUCUUCGUGAUAUUUCUGUACUAA